UCGUCAAUGCUAUUUUGUGCUGGUGUGAUAAUUCAGGAAGCUAUUCUGAAUUUAUUCGCGAUUAUUUCAAAAACAUGUUAAUUUGCAAUAAUAAAAACAAUUAAACAAAGUAAAUUUUCUUUUGGGUCGGCGAUGUGUGUUCGCUUGACAUUGCCAUGAGCGUUUCAAAUAAUCAGUCGUGAAUCAUAUUUUUGUUUUGGAUCUGAUUCAGGAUGGUGUUUGAAUCCAUUGUGGUGGACGUCCUGAACAGGUUCCUCGGGGAUUACGUGGAAAAUUUGAAUCGGUCCCAGUUGAAACUGGGAAUAUGGGGUGGUGAUGUGGUGCUGGAAAAUUUGAAGUUGAAGCAGAAUGCAUUGGAGGAGCUUAAUAUCCCGGUUCAGACUGUGUAUGGACAUUUGGGAAAACUCGUCCUCAAGAUACCAUGGAAGAACCUCUACGGCGCCUCCGUGGAGGCGUCCAUCGAACGCCUGUUUCUGAUCGUCAACCCUUCCGCUGAGGUCGUGUAUGACCCUGAGAAGGAGGAGAAGUUAGCGCUGGCCGCCAAGCAGGCCGAGCUGGUGAGGGUUGAGGAGGCUAAGAAGAAAGAAGCUGAGAAAGAUCAAAACAAACUGGACGAGACCUUCGUCGAGAAGCUAGUGACCCAGAUCAUCAAGAACGUCCAACUGAACAUUAAGGACAUCCACAUACGCUACGAAGACAGCAUAACGAACCCCAAGGCGCCCUUUUCUUUCGGCAUCACACUGCACAACCUCUCAGUACAUACUACUGAUGAAAACUGGAAGCAGACGGUUAUACAGGACGCGGUUACUAAGAUUUUCAAGAUAUUAAAUUUAGACGGUCUGGCAAUAUACUGGAACCCGGCGACGGAGCUGUACGCGAAACACGCAGAGGAUUCCAUCAGGGAAAGGCUGGAGAAAGAGAUCGCAACCAAAUCUUCACAACCUACGUUUUAUAAAUAUGCCCUUGGUCCAAUCAACGCCACAGCAAAACUAAAACUGAAUCCAAAGCCAGAGGCCGACACGCCCAAGUUUAGUUUACCCAAAGUCAUAUUGACUCUUCACAUGGAGCAACUCUCAGUGAAUUUAAACAAAAAGCAGUACCAAGAUAUGAUGCUGCUAGCCGAUUCUAUGGACAGGAUGAAUAAGGGAGCUCCGUACAGAAAAUACCGUCCAAACCUCCGCUCAUACCGCGGCCACUACAAAGAAUGGUGGAAUUUCGCAUACAAGUGUAUUCUAGAAGACGAGGUCCGCCGCAGAAGGAGGAACUGGGACUGGACGCAUAUGCUGACUCACAGGAAUCUGUGCAAGGAUUAUGCGAAGGCGUACCAGUGCAAACUGAGUAAUAAAGGAAAAGCGACGCAGGAGCAACAGUGUCUUCUAGAUGAGGCCGAGAAGAAAUUAGACUUGCUAAACUUGGUCGUCAUCCGGCAAAGGAUUGAGAUGGAAGUGGAGCGAUUAGGCAAGUUGGAGGAGGAGGCGCGCAAGAGCCGCGGCUGGUUCAGCGGCUGGUGGGGCGGCGCCAACAACCAGGACAGCCUCGCCGAGGGCACCGCCAUCAUGAAACAGUUCCAAAACGCGAUGACGCCCGAAGAAAAGGCGAAACUCUUCCGUGCCAUAGACUACCAAGAGAACAGCGCUCCAUUACACCUGCCAACCGAAUACGUGGCGGUUGAGAUGUGCUUCCGUCUCGACAGAUGUCAAGUGGCUGUGAACGAUGAUAAGGAAGUACUGAAGGCGUGUGUGGAUAAUGUUGUGGUUGAGAUGGGGCAGCGACCGAGCGCCAAUGCUAUCAGAGUGGACGUGCAAAUGCAAGCGUUUACGGUGACCGGCGUGCAACAAGGAGAGUACACACCACAACUCGUUACGUCAAAGGAGGUCACCAGCGACGUCAACCUGCUGAAUGUCACUUUUGAGACCAAACCUUUAGACGGCAAAUGCGACCAGAGAGUGCGGGUGUCAGCGAGGCCGCUGCAAAUCAUUUACGACGCGCAGACUGUCAUCGAGAUAGUCAACGUCUUCAAACCCGAAACAGAGUCCUCGGCUUUGACUACUUUACAAGCGGUCGCCGAAAACAAAAUGGCCGAUCUAAAGGAGAAAUCAGCGCUGGGCAUGCAGUACGCGGUGCACCAACACACUUUUAUCGACUUGGAUAUAGAUAUCGCUGCUUCAUACAUCGUUGUGUCGCAGACUGGCAAAUUUAAACCAGAAGAGCCGUGCAUAGUAGUGAAACUCGGUGCCAUCAGCAUAAAGUCGGAGCCGCGCGACUCGACGCUGGACGUGCACCGGCUGUACAAGGAGGGCUUGGCGGACGACCAGAUCAUACAGGAGAUCGCGCGCCACAGCUACGACCAGCUCCACCUGCAGCUCACUGAGAUGCAGAUCGUAAUAGCAUUACGGAAUGAAGACUGGCAGUCAGUUAUAGCAAGCCACGAAGCUACGCCCUUACAUCUCCUGCAACCUACCAAUCUAGUCAUACAAAUACACAAGUGUCUGAUCACUGACGACCCUAGGCUGCCGAAGGUUAGGAUCAAGGGAGAGUUGCAAAAGAUUGCUAUCAGUGCUUCUGAGGAUAGGUUAUUAACACUAUGUGAAAUAUUAAUAGGCAUGCCUCUGCCUAAAGCAGAGGAAUCCACACAACUUAAGGCAUCCGAGUCAAAAGGUUCAAGUUUAUCUCUAUUGACGAAAUAUCUCGAUCCGGUAGAAAAACAGAAACGUGAUACAGCACGAGCCAAGAGAAAAUCGGACGAGCAAUCCGUACAACUAACUGAGGUUGAAGCCGUAUUUAUAAUGAAUGAACUCGUCCUAAGCGUAAACCGCAAGAAACCAGCCAGCGGAAAAAGCUACGACAAAUUCCUAGUAUUCUCCCUCUAUAUGUUAGAACUGACGGCCACACAGAAAACCUUCAUGCUAGAGGCGACUGUAAGACUCGGCGCGGUCGGUAUGCAGCACCAUAGACAAGGGAUGGACAUGAUACAGAUGAUAGACACGCCUGAGGUCUUUGAAAUUGAAGAUAACGAGGUCAAGACUAGCGAAGGCGCGCAAAGUCAUUCUUUGUUCGCGGUCACUUACAGCAAUGUCGACAAAAAAUGUCCAGAAUUCAGAAGUCACUACGGAUCAGUUGAGCAAAUGAUCGAGUUGGACUUCGCCACUUUGAGGGUUUUACUUCACCUCGAAGGCUUACAAGAAAUACUUGUGAUUGUCAACGAAUAUCAGACGCGGUUGCAAAAUCUUCAAAGCACCGUAGACCGGGUCGCAAACGCCGGACCAUUGGAGACUAUAGUCGAAGACGAGGAGCUUUGUCUGCAGUCAAAUCGAAAGCCAGCAUUGCAAAGCAGACACGGAAAAAGCAAGUCGACCAUACAACUGAAAGUGGACGUCAAGAUCGGCGCAGUAGAGAUCGAAUUCGCAACCGACAACCGUCGUCUCAGCUUGGUACAGCUGCAGAAGGCUGCGGCCGGUUUAAUAUUGAAGAGUUCUUAUACGCAAGUGGAUUGCGCCAUUUCUGAUAUCAAUGUACAGGAUUUGAACCCGGCUACGAUACAUAAAGAUAUAUUAAAAGUGCUGGGUGGAGACGUGAUGAACGUCCAAGUGGUGAUGUACAACCUGGAGCCGGGCAGCAACAACGUGAACGACGUGAACAUGUCCGUCGACGCGCAAAUCAACUGUCUCAGGAUAGUGUUCCUCAACUGGUUCGUCAAUUCCAUGCUGGAAUUCUUAAACAACUUCCAAACGGCACAACAAGCGAUCAUAGAAGCCUCAUCACAAGCCGUCGAGUCAGCGCGCGCCAACGUCCAGAACGCGUACGAAAACUCCACGAAGCUAGCGCUGAAAGUUCGUCUGGCGGCGCCCAUUAUCGUUGUGCCUGAGAACUCGAAGAGUAAAAAGGCGUUGCUUGUGGAUUUGGGUCGAAUGACGCUGGCGAAUAAGUUCGUUGAUUUGAAAGUUCCGAACGUUAACAACAGAGUGACUGUAGACGAACUCACACUCGAGUUAGAAGACAUCAGGCUUUCCUGUGUGAGCCUCGUAGAUGAUAUGACGGCGGUGAAGGAUGAGAGAAAACUCCUGAAGCCGACGAGCUUGAAGCUCUUCGUUAAGAGGAGCCUCUCCACCUGGUACGAAGAUCUGCCAGAAUUGGACUUAUCAGGGAGAUUGAAGACUAUUUCGAUCAGAGUCGGCCACAGCGACUACAAAAGUAUCAUGAAAAUCCUCAACCAAAACCUUCAAGAGGGCCAAAAAUCGGAUGUAAAGUCUCAAGCCAGUCUCCCAAAGGCGACGUCUAAAGCCGCCGUAAGAAGCACCAGCAAACAAGACACGCGGAGAACCACCGUCGCUUCUAUCGAAGCGAAAGAUGUGGAUGUGAAGAAACCUAGGACAACUAUCAAGUUUGCUUUUACUAUGGAUAGUUUUGUUAUCGAUUUGGUGAAUAAUAACACUCAUGCCGCACCAGGAAUCGACAGUGACAUCGAGCUUGCCCGCUUCUGUCUAGCUCUCUUCUCCGUGAAAGGCCGCAUGUUCUCAGACGGCUCAAUCAACACUUCGCUACUUCUAGUAGAUUGUACACUGGACGAUACUAGGCCUGAUCGUGGCGAAAAGUUAACCAGGUACUUGGAGCGUCGCCGAGCAUCUGGAGAUAAUAUGAUGUCUGAGGAAACAGUCAAUGAACCCCUAAUGGAGGCCCCGGACAAGAUACGAAGUAUGAUCGACAUCACCUACACUAUGAAGAAUCAGGACACGUACAUCGACAUAAGGGUAUUCAGCUUCAAUCUUAUCCUGGCCAUGGAUUUCCUCAACAAAAUAGCGGACUUCAUGAAAGUAGGCCUCGAGGAGGAAGUUCCUGAUGAUGACUCGGAGGAAGGUGAAGACAAGUCUCCGCAUGUCGUCAACAAGCUGGAUAAAGCACCAGAUGUAUCGCAAUCAGUAGUGAAAAAGAAGCCAACAGUAGUGGCGCAACCAGCGGAGUCUCAGCCUAAGAAAUUGGCCAUGAUGACUAUCAACAUUAAGAUACAGCAGCCUGAUAUCAUCCUGGUGGAAUCUCUAGAAACGAGAACGUGCGACGCCUUGGUGUUAAAUAUGGAAGCCCGUUUCAAACUACGCAAAAACGAAGAACGUAUGGUCGCUGAUGGUGGUAUUUCCGGUCUCCAAAUGGUCAUCCGGACUCUUGGCAAAGUGGAGAAGAAUCAACGCUACCUCCUCGAACCGGCUAACAUGUCUUUUGCAUUGUCUCAGCCCCCGAACUGUGGCAUGCACGUCGAUGUCGCUAUAUCGAAUAUUAAGAUCACAGUGUCGCCAGAUAUCAUAGCACUACUAAACCGCGUGAUGGCAACCAUGACCAGCUCCGAAGAGGCCAACACGCAGCAAGCUGAUAGAAUCAUAGUAUACUCUCAUCUGUGGGAUAUUGCUCCGUUCAAGCCUAAUGCAUAUUGGUUCUUGAAGACGGAGAUAGCAGAAGAAGCGAUGGACAUAGACGAGCCACCAGAGCUGACAGUGAAAGAAAAGGUCCCGACCGACGAGAUUUGCAUGCUGUCCAGUCCGUCCAUCGUCCUCUCGUUGGAGAUGCAGAUCGGUACUGAGACGAUACCCGUGCUGGUUAUGCAGGCUUCCCUUACUGGGCAAGUUAAGGACUGGAGCUCUGAUUUCUACUUGGAGUCGACGUGGGCGAUGCAAGUGUCGUAUUACAACCUCAGCCGCGCCGUGUGGGAGCCGCUGAUAGAACCUGUCGAAGUACUUAAAGACUACUCCUACAAACAUGUGCCUUGGGAACUGAAGAUGGAGGUUGUCAUGCGUCCAGCUUUAGAACAGAGCGUCAUAGAUUUGACUGACGAAGCGGCCAACGUGGCCCUCAUAGCGCACCGGCAAGCCAACAAGACUGUCACCAUCUCCAGCCAGGAAACACUCGAGAUUACUGUCACUAGGAGCGGCGUGGAGGUGCUGACUCUUCUUGGCAACUCAUUCUCGGCAGCUAUUGCUGACACCGCAGACCAAAGUGGAAGUGUUUUGGCGAGACUGCACGAAGAAAAUAACACAAAAUCGGAAUAUUACGGCGCGCCGUACGUGCUGCAUAACUGCACCGGGUUAACGGCCAAGUUGCUGUUAGAAGACAACCACGACUUCACCGUGUUCCUUGCGGACGGCAAGAAACAGUCUGAUUACAGGGAGGUGGUGUUUGAAACCGGCGCCUCCGUCCCGUUGAAGUUGAAACGAGGCGGACUCCAUGUCAUGAAGCUCAAUGAGCCGCCGCCACCGUUAUCGCUUAGCGUUAAGAUAGUGGAACUAGAAGAGCAAGUACAAGUCCCAGUGGAGCGAGCGGACAAACGUUACUUCCCAUUAGGCCGCCAACAACCCGGCUCCAUCGACCGCACCGCGCCGCACGUGUUCCUGCACGAGUCGCGAGGGCUCAUCUCUGAUGUCGUCAUGCAGGAGGCCGCCCUUCAUAUCUACCUAAGGAGCGUCGUCCAAGUGACAAACAACCUGUCAGUCAGCGUGUCAGUAUACUACAUGACGCUGAGCGGCAACGAGGUUCGCUUACUCGGCGAAGUGAAGUCUGGCGCCACUUUACGGCUGCCUCUGCAAGCUGUGCACACACCUACAGCCGAGAUAUUCUUCUCUGUUGAAGGUUUCACCGUAUCCGUCUCACCGUUCAUAUGGCGUGAGCUGCAGCAGGAAGUUAGGAUAGCGAAACUGCUGCAAUGCGACUCCAAGGAUAAGACUAGUGGCGAAAAGUUCUAUCUCAACGCAAUCGGCACGAUGGAACAAGUGUUCUUGGAGAACACCAACCGCCACACAUUCGCGUCGUCUUGCUACGACAUAGUCCUAAAGCCCGCAGUGAAGAUGCAAAACUGCCUGCCAGUGGAUAUCGUAGUAUCGCAGUUAGGACUUAAUCGCACGCAGAUCUUCAAGCCGGGAGAGAUGUUCCAUCUAUCACAUCUGGCGCCUAACAAAGCUUCUAUCGUUGUUAUGAUACAAAACUACCUAGACAAAUGCUGGGUCUGCACCAAAAACCUCCCGGACAACGAGACGGAACUCUCCGUCUGGUCGUUCGAGUCCCACGACAGUCCGGCCGUCAUGACGCUCGACCUAGGGAUGCACAGUGUGGAGUCAGAGGGCUCACAAGUGCUGUCUCUGUAUUGUCCGUUCUGGAUGCUCAACAAGACUGGCCUGACGCUGUGCUAUAGGAAAUCAAAGAAAGCAGAUAAAGACUCCAGCACACCCAAUAAGAACGUCGACGAGACGGGCAACGUAAUAUUCCACCCUAAAGAGUACAAGGAGCCGAUUCUCUUCUCGUUCCGAGCGAAGAAUUUCUUCGGGAAGAAAAAGGCCGCAAUCAGGAUAGACUUUGGCGAGUGGUCCGAGAAGUUCUCUCUGGACGUGCCCGGGAGCUCUGGAGUUAUAACCUGCAAACAUGAGGGCAGGUCUUACCAGGUGGCCGUAACGAAUCAGUUGUCGUUCAACAGUCUAACGAAGAUGGUGAUCUUCACACCAUUCUUCCUCAUCAUCAACGAGGCAGCCUUCGGCAUCGAGUAUCAGGAGCUACACCGCUCUGCUGACCCUUGGAAAGAGGUGGAGAGGAACUCGAGCGCCCCCUUGUGGCCUGUCGUGGAGAAGGAAGAAAAGCUCCUCAUACUUCGCGUCGCCGGCACCAAGGACAUCACCGCGCCCUUCUUGUACACCGAGCAACAUGGCUCCUGCUUGAAACUAAACAAUGAGUUCGGUGGUCUACACGUAGAAGUGCAGCUCAGCGAAGGUGGCACCUACAUCACAGUACGUCAGUACCGCGACGGUCACGCCCCGGCCUUACUCAUCAACUACUGCCCCUAUACCGUCACUGUUUAUGAGAAGGAAAACGUUAACAGCAAGAAAAUCGGGUCCAUGCAGAAGAUGUUGUACACUUGGGACAACCCGGCCGGGCCGCGCGUGCUGAUCUUUGCGGGCCACAACAAGAAGGAGAUCGAAAACGACUUGAGGCAGGACGGCAUUGGCGAGUUCAUGAUCGACAGCCAGCGCAGCGUGUGGUGGGUCUCCUUCCUGGACGGCCUACAGCGUAUAGUCCUCUUCACGGAUGACGCUAUGCUCGCCAGUGGCGCCCACACUGUCGGAGAAGCAGAAAUAGUCGACAUGGAGAUCAUAUUCGCUAUCCACGGAGUAGGAUUAUCUCUAGUCAACGACCCGGAGCAUUUGGAGCUCAUCUAUAUGACAAUCUCUAACUCUGGAAUAAUAUGGGAGCAAUGCAAACUGGGCGCUCGUAGAUACAAGAAGAUCGAAGGCACGAAGCUCCGGCACUUCGAAGAAGCGUAUCAGAGGUAUCUGCUGGACAAAGCGUCUUCCGAACCGGAGAUAGCUGUGUGCCACGUUGAUGAAAAAACAGAGGUGAACUUCGAUGAGAUGCGAGUGAUCAAGCCCAACCCGCGUCUCCUGCGGCGCACAUUGGAGCCCGGACUAUGGGCUUCUAUAGGCAUGACGACGCAUUCGAGAAGACUGCACGCGCGACUCCACAGAUUACAGAUCGACCAGCAACUACCGCUGCCGACAUUCCCCGUCACACUGGCGCCCGUGCCGCCUCCACCAUCCGUCGCCACUCAGGACAAUAUUGGUAUAAAGCCAUUCAUCGAAGUGUCAAUAGUGGAGCGUAUAAUGGAGCACAGCAAGGUCCGGCAGUACAAGUACUACAAGGUGCUGAUCCAGGAAUUCCACGUGAAGGUGGACAUGGGGUUGGUGAACGCGCUGCUCGGCAUGUUCCCGCAGCGGCUGCUCACAGAACAAGAGGCUCUGGAAGCUUUCAUAACGGACCUCGAAAACGCCCGGCAGCCCCUAGAAGCGCUCGCGGCCAUCGGCGCCGCCUCCGAUAUAAAGAACUUCUACGACAAUUUACAUCUGUCUCCGCUGAAAGUGCACGUCUCUUUCUCUCUCGGCGGUGCCACGCAAUUGCCGUCCUUUAUUGGCACGGUUCUGCAGAGUAUAGGUGUCACGCUCACCGAUAUGAACGAUGUUGUCUUCAAACUAUCCUACUACGAGCGAAACUUCGAGUUCCUCUCGCAAAAGGAGCUGAUAUCUCAAGUGUCAAGUCAUUACCAAGGGCAGGCGAUCAAGCAACUUUACGUACUAGUCCUGGGCUUAGAUGUGAUCGGAAACCCAUAUGGAUUAGUCGUUGGGCUCAAGAAGGGUGUGGAAGACUUGUUCUAUGAGCCUUUCCAGGGAGCGAUCCAAGGUCCGGGCGAGUUCGCGGAGGGGCUGUUCCUGGGCGUGCGCUCGCUGGUGGGGCACACGGUGGGGGGCGCGGCCGGCGCCAUGUCGCGCAUCACCGGCGCCAUGGGCCACGGGCUGGCCGCGCUCUCGCUCGACAAGGACUACCAACGGCGUCGACGCGACAACAUAAACAAGCCUCCAGCGAACCUGCAAGAGGGACUCGCCAGGAGCGGAAAAGGGCUAGUCAUGGGCUUGUUCGACGGCGUGACGGGCGUGUUCACGAAGCCGAUAGAGGGCGCGCGCUCGGAGGGCGUCGAGGGAUUCUUCAAGGGCCUCGGACGUGGCGCCGUCGGCCUCGUCGCCAGGCCCACGGCCGGCGUCGUUGACUUCGCCUCGGGAUCCUUCGACGCUGUUAAGAGGGCGGCUGACCUAUCAGAAGAGACGACUAAGCGUCGCGCGGCGCGCUACCUGCCGGCAGACACCGGCGUGAGGCCGUACUCCCGCAGCCACGCAGAGGGCUACAAGAUGCUGUUCGAGUUGGAAAAGGGCAAAUAUGUCAGCACGGACUCUUACGAGGCGCACGUGUGGGUGAUCCCCAGUAAAGAAGUGGUGAUGUGCACCGACAAGCGGCUGCUCUACCUAGAGAAGAACGUAGUCUUCGGCGGCUGGCAGAUCCUGUGGACCUACCUAUGGACGGAACUACCCGAGGUGCCGACAGCCGUCGCGAAGGGAGUGUACAUACCGACCAAUAAGAAAAAGGUGUUAGGCAUGUUCCCGAGCUCCGGUUCCGGUAAAGUGAUAUUCUUAGUCGACGAAAAGCAGAAGAAAUAUUUACUGGCGCAGUGCGAGAGGCUCAUGCGCUCCCGUUGACAUGAAGUAGUAGAAAGGAUGACCCCGGCCGAGUGGCUGGGAGAGUUCUUUCUACUCAUCUUUGAUUUCCGCACCGCGAUGCUUGCUGUCGCCUACCACUUUAACCUGCACCAUCUCACCCUGAGGGGCUUCCGCUAACUAUCGCCGUGCUUUACUGAACUUUUAUUUCGUAUCGUGUAUAUUCUCGACACCAAUAUGCGAAGCUAUGUGUGUUUGUGUAUUUUGAUAUAUUUUUGUUACGACGUGUACAAGAUGUGUAUUGAAAGUGAUUGAUAUCCUGAAGACUCCUUAUUACCAAUUAAGUGUAGCCAACAGCUAGAAGCUGAAGUUAGCCGUUAAACUCGCUACACGGCACAUUUGUUGCUUGAAGUAUUUAAUCUGAAUUUUCUACUUAACUCAGUUAUAAAUUAUAUGCUUUUGCUUAUUAUUAUAUAACUACUUACAUUUCUUCUAUACUACUACUGCGUAGUUCGCUGACUUUAGAGACUACAAAAACGUAUAUUUGCAUUUAAGUAAUGUUUAAAUUGUGCCGUCUUCCGACGAACAGAAUUAUAAAAAUGUGUUUAAAAUCUUACGAUCUGUUGCUAAAUCGAAGAAGUCACUGUGUGUGAGCUGUGAAUAUUGUUUUGUUAACAAAUAAAAUUUUAUGGGAUUGUUAUUUUUACCGGUUAAUAGUUAACGAUAUAAGUUAUAUACGGUUAUAAAUAAUAUUGUUGAUUUGAAUCAGUAGAUAUUUGGUUUGAUAUUUCAAUUAAUUAAGUUUAAAUAGUACAGCCCUAAAUGUAUCUUACCUAUUUUUUUGGUAUUAUGACACAUGUUCUUUAUUUAGGCUUUAUUUAGUACAAACUAAACUCGAAUGCACGAGAUGUUGUGACUGAGUUGUCAAACUUUCGCAGUGUACAUAAUUAUUAUAUUUUAAAUGUUACUGAGGCGUUCCAAAUAGCAGUGCCUUAAUAUCAGUGUUUAUAGAUAUUAUUGUCGACGGAAAGCGUUUUGUUAAAAAUAACAUUGUUCAGAAAAAGAAUGCAUUUAUCCAAUUACUAGGUGCUAGCCCUAGUACGUAUUUAUGAGGUCAUGAAAUAAUUGUUAUUUUGAACCAAUGCUGUUUUCACACGUAAGUUUUUUUUUACAAAUGGUUGGAUGGAUUGUUUACUACUCUCACCACAAUUUAAAAGGACGUGAGCCUUGAUACUGCAGAAGAUAAAUUAUUAUUACUUUGUAGGAUUUUUACUUUUUAAAAGCAUUUCUGUGCAUAUUUUUUAAUGUUGCUUGUGUAUUUUUUUGCUAUCUACUUAAUGCACAAUUUGUUAUUUUUACUUUUUUUGUCAAGCUUGUGUACGAUUAUUUGUAAUAAAUCCAUGAAAUAAU